AUGCCAUUUAAAGUUAUUGUUCUCUGUUGCCUGUUGGCUAUUGCCAAUGCGGGUCCGAGAGUAUCAAAUUGGAUGCCACCAUUAAUUUCUACCGUGGGUUUUCCAAAUAAAGUAACCCGCGUUGUCGGCGGCAAUAAUGCAGAAGUAGGCGAAUUUCCCCAUCAAAUUUCAUUGCAAUACAUAUUGUCCGGAGUUAUGACGCACAUUUGUGGCGGGAGCAUAAUUUCUGAAAAAUGGAUCUUGACUGCUGGACAUUGUGUUUUCGGACUCGGAGAGGUUUCCUCUUUCUUUGUUAAAGCUGGUAAACAUAAUAUCAUGUUGGAAGAAGACAGUGAACAAAAAGCGUUAAUAGAAGACAUAUUUAUUCAUGAAAAUUACACUGGAAGUAAAACAGCAAUUGUCUUUUAUGCCUAUGUCAUUACCAGAAACGUGGCUCCAUUCGACAUUGCUCUCUUAAAGCUCAAAGUUCCCCUCAAAUUUAAUAAACGCAUAGCACCAAUCAGGUUGCCAGCGGAAUCUGGUGUUGAACCUGUUGGUUAUGCUACCGUAUCUGGAUGGGGAUCUAUUUCUUUGACGGUCAAUUCUACCAUGCCUGCAAUUUUACAAAAAGUCAAAAUCCUAAUCAUAGAUUUUAAAACUUGCUAUGCCGCUCUUCUACUUUCCGGCGAAGAAUCAAAACUUCACAACACCAAUUUUUGCACCGGACCACUUAAUGGCGGAUUAGGGGCUUGCCAAGUAAAAACAAUUUAG